AUGGCGCCAGCUGCAACGGCUACACCUUGUCCUCAGCUGCUACUCUUCCUCCUCCUCUUGCUGCUAUGGUCCGUGUCACCCGGCCAUGGACAGCCCGACGCUCUAGGUUUCAUCAGCAUCGACUGCGGCAUCACCAACGGCACCAGCUACCCCGACGAGUCCACCAGGGGCCUCAGGUACGUCUCCGACGCCGGUUUCGUCGACGCCGGAGCGGGGACCAACGCCGGCAUCAACCCGCCCUACAGCGACCGAGACCUCGCGCCGCGCUACCUCAACGUCCGCUACUUCCCCACCACCGGUGCCGGUGCCAGGGUGCGCAACUGUUACACGCUCCAGGGGCUCUCGCCGGGAGCCAGGUACCUCGUCAGGUGCAGCUUCUACUACGGCAACUACGACUCGUCCAACAGGCUGCCCACCUUCCACCUCCACCUCGGAGUCAACCCCUGGGCCACCGUCAACUUCACCGCCGCCGACGACACCAUCAUCCUCGAGGCCAUCACCGUGUCGCCGGCCGACUUCCUGCAGGUGUGCCUUGUGGACAUAGGGCAGGGUACGCCUUUCAUCUCCGGACUUGACCUACGGCCGCUCAAGGCCGCCAUGUACCAGGAGGCCACCGUGAACCAGUCGCUGUUUCUGCUCAGCCUGCGCCGGCCGGCGGCGAGAUUCGCCUUGAACCGGUACCACUUCUGGCGGCCGGCCAGUUCCUAUAGAAUAUACAGAUACCCUUUUGAUCAACACGACCGUAUCUGGCAGUCCUACGGCGAUGUAACUGCAUGGACCAACAUAACAACUGCGGACACUGUUGAUGUCUCAAACUCCAACAGCUUCAACGCGCCUACGGUGGUAAUGCAGAGCGCCGCCACUCCAGUGAACGGUACCCAGCUCGACUUGUCAUGGAGCCCAGACCCCUCCAUGAUCAAUGACAACAGCAGCACAUCAUACCUCCUGCUGCUAUACUUCGCGGAGCUGCAGCAGUUGCCUGGCAACGCACUGAGGCGAUUCGACAUCCUCGUCGACGGCGCCUCAUGGAACGGCAGCCGGAGUUACACACCAAAGUACCUUUCAGCAGAGGUUGUGGAAAGGGUGGUGGUUCAGGGGUCAGGCCAGCACGCUGUCUCACUUGUCGCCACGCCAGAUGCCACGCUCCCGCCCAUCCUGAACGCGUUAGAGAUAUACUCGGUGCGGAAUAUGACUCAGCUUGGUACGGACAAUGGAGACGCCAAAGCCAUGAUGGCAAUUCGCACGACGUACAUGCUGAAGAAAAACUGGAUGGGUGAUCCUUGUGCACCGAAAGCAUUUGCCUGGGAUGGCCUGAACUGCAGUUAUUCUUCGUCUGGCCCUGCAUCGAUUACAGCUUUAAAAUUGUCAUCCAGUGUAUUGAUCGGUGGAAUUGAUCCUUCUUUCGGUGAUCUAAGAUCCCUCCAAUACCUGGACCUGUCUAAUAACAGCCUGUCUGGUCAAAUACCUAAUUUUCUAGCGCAAAUGCCAUCACUCACAUACCUUGAUUUGUCAAGCAACAAACUCAGUGGAUCAAUUCCUGCAGCUCUACUACAAAAGCAACAAAAUGGAUCUAUUGUAUUAAGGAUUGAUAACAAUGCAAAUAUCUGUGACAAUGGUGCUUCUACAUGUGCUCAAGAAGGCAAGGAAAAGAACCGGACACUUGUCAUUGCAGUAGUUGUUCCAAUAGCUGUAGCUACUCUGCUGUUUGUGGCAGCGAUUCUUAUCCUUCACAGAAGGAGAAAUAAACAAGAUACAUGGAUGGCAAACAACGCAAGGCUUAAUAGCCAUAGGGAGAGGUCAAACAUAUUUGAGAACAGACAGUUCAGUUACAAGGAGCUGAAGCUCAUCACAGCUAACUUUAGAGAAGAAAUAGGGCGAGGAGGAUUUGGUGCUGUUUAUCUAGGUUAUUUGGAGAAUGAAAGUCCAGUUGCUGUGAAGAUCCGUUCACAAACAUCAACUCAAGGGAAUAAAGAGUUUCAGUCUGAGGCUCAACACCUGAGUCGAGUUCACCACAGGAACCUGGUUUCCUUGAUUGGUUAUUGCAAGGACAAGAAACAUCUGGCCCUUGUCUAUGAAUAUAUGCAUGGAGGAGACCUAGAGGGUUGUCUAAGAGGAGAGGCCUCUAUUGCUACACCCCUAAGUUGGCAUCGACGUCUCAAAAUUGCUCUCGACUCUGCCCAAGGAUUGGAGUAUCUACACAAGUCCUGCCAGCCACCACUGAUCCAUAGGGAUGUGAAGACAAAGAACAUCCUGCUAUCUGCAGACCUAGAGGCAAAGAUAUCUGACUUUGGCCUAAUGAAGGUGUUUGCCGAUGAGUUCAUGACCCACAUCACUACCCAACCAGCAGGUACCCUGGGGUAUCUUGACCCUGAAUACUAUAAUACAUCCCACCUCAGUGAGAAGAGUGAUGUGUAUAGCUUUGGAGUUGUACUACUGGAGCUUAUAACUGGUCAGUCUCCAGCGGUAUCCACGAGUGAUACGGAGAGCAUCCACAUUGCAACGUGGGUGCGCCAGAAGCUCUCGGAGGGUAACAUCGAGAGCAUUGCUGACUCAAAGAUGGGGAAGGAGUAUGAUGUCAACUCAGUCUGGAAGGUUACUGAGCUAGCACUGCGGUGCAAAGAACAGCCAUCACGGGAACGGCCAACAAUGGCAGAUGUUGUAGCUGAGCUCAAGGAGUGUCUGGAGCUGGAGGUGUCUCGUGGAAUUGGAAGCUACAGCUCAGUCACUAGUAGCACAAAUAAUCUCAGUGCAACAAGUGCCGACUUACACAGCGAUGCUCAAGCAAGUGACCUGCGGCAGGAAAGCAUACUUGAGUUGGGACAGGUUGACGAUGACUCUCCAACUCACACAGGUCCAGCACCAAGAUGA